CACGAGAAUUCACGAGACCCGUUCAUCACCAACAACAAGAUUUCACUAUGGCGGACGAUCCACAACAAGCUCCCUCUGUUGAGCCUGAGUUGACCACAGAAACACAGCAAGCUGACCAUGGGCUGGCAGAAAAUAUCCAGAAAAUAAUCCAAAGUGAAAAAGAGAGUAUGGAAGCCCCAGCCAAGAGGAGUAAAGUAGAUCUCCAGUCCCUCCCUACCAGAGCUUAUCUAGAUCAGACUGUAGUCCCUAUCUUACUACAGGGCAUGUCUGUCUUAGGAAAAGAAAGGCCUCCAAACCCAAUAGAAUACCUAGCAGCUUAUCUCCUCAAGAAUAAGGCUCAGUUUGAACAAUAAGCAAUAGACAUGGACAUUACAUGGACAUAGACUUGAUGUUCUAAACAUUGCUCUAUUUCAUUUGUUUCCCCAUCAUAAAAAUACCUUUGAAGGCUAAUAAGAGUGAACAAACCAUGUUGAGAUUUUAUAUGUGUAUAUUUGAAAUUAACAUGGGAAAGUUAAAUCAAUACUUUAUAAUAAACACAAUUCUUAUAUAUUAA